UUCCCUGCUACGUCACUAGCCCCCACCUCGCCUCGUGCCACAACGACUCUGUUCUGUUGGCUUGUCAGCUGCACGAGACGCGCGGCAUCAGAUAUGAACGCUGUCUGUUAAUGUCAGUUAUCGUCUUGGGUUCUGUUCAGAGCGACCGUUGAGCCGCCCGCUGUGGACAGAGGAACCGGAGGCUGCUUUUUUUUUUUUUUACCGGCGGUAAGAGAGCACCGUCCCGGCUGUGUGAGAGCCUCGCUGGCGGCUGGCGCCCUUUGUAACUCUCUAAAGUGAAUGACUGUGUGUGUUGCUGUUUUCUUCACUCCAAAUACUGACUCCCAUGGUGUCCAGGAACUGCCUGAUUCUGGAUCUGUUGAGCAGGAAUAAGACAGGCCCAGGCAGAGAGAGAUGAGCUGGGCUGAGGAGGACUGGACGGUGGGUCUAUCUGGACGGGUCCUGCAGAAGGUGAAGGAGCUGCAGGUCCAUCAGGAGCGACUGUCCAGAGAGAACAAGCAGAAACAGCUUCAACUAGACAACAUCCAGACAAACCUCGAAAAACAGACUGUUAAGUAUGAGGAGGUCCGUGGGGAGCUCCAGUGUGUGCAGAGAGAGCUCCAGAGCGUUCAAAAGGAGGCCAAGGCAGCGGCGACCAGCAGUGAGCGCCUGACUCAGGAGCUUCAGACCAAACAGGCCCAAGUAUGCUCUUUGGAGGGCCAACUAGAUGCCUCUCGCAGCGUCAACAAUAAACUCACCCAGGAAGUUAAAAAGCUAGAGGCAGAGCUGGAGAAGCUGCAGAACAGCAGCAGAUCAGCGGAUACGACUCUUUUUUCUACACCCUGCUGGAACACAACCUCACCCUGGGAAAACAAUGGUGGUAGAAAAGAGGAGAGGACAGGGCACAGAGAUGAAGGACAGAACCGGGCACUUCACAUCCGACGACUCCAGUUCUCUGAAGUGGGCUCAGCCUCUGUACCGCGACAGCAACACAAGAGCACACCCCACCGCCAUCCGUCUGACCAAUCGGACACCUUUUCCACUCCCUCGGCUGCGUUUCCCUGGGAACGGGAUGACUCGAGGUCAGCAGCCAAGAGACCGUCUCCCUCCUCUCCCCAGACACCCAGCGCUGAUGUCAUCAGUCAACAGACGGGCCAGUCGGAGCCGAGGGUUUAUGGGAAGGAGAAAGAGCACAGGACAGAGACAGACGCAUCUUUAUCAGAAGUGCAGAGUCGUGUGUCUGCUCUUGAAGAGGAGCUGUGUGCUAAGGCUGCGUCGUUGAAGUCUCUUCAGAACGAAAUGGUGCAAAGCAAGAAGGAGCUCUCUGCCAGGGAGCUCAGCCUUCAGAAAGCCCGUGAUGAGCUCAGCCUGGCACAUACACGCAUGACCCAGGAGAGUGAACGGGCAUCAGGAGCCGAGCACAGACUGAAGCAACUACAAGAGGAGCUGAAGUGUCAAAGGCAAAAUGCAGAGAGCAGCCGACUGCAACACCAACAACGUUCUAAGGAGAUGGAGAAACAACAUCAGAGGGAUUUGACGGAGCUUCAAAAGGAGAGGCAGUGUUUGGAGAAGCAGCAUCAGCAGGAGGUGAACAAGCUCAACCAGGAGCUCCAGCAGGCCAGGACGCUCCACAAUGCCCUGCAGGCCCAGGCUGACAAGCUGUCUCUGCAGAAGCAGGCCUUGGACAAAGAGUUGGACACUCUGAAAGAGAAACUAAAGUGGACAGAGGGACAGCUGAAAGAGAGCCAGAAGAAAGAGGCACAAACACAAGCCAAACUGACGGAAGCACUGCGUGAGGCAGAGGGUGUGGCAGUGAGUCUGGAGCAGAGCAGGAAGAGAGAGCGAGCUCUGGAGGAGGAGGGAGUGAGACUGGCAGACGAGCGAGCCGACGCCCUUCGUCUCCUUAAAGAACUGCAGGAGCAAAAAGCUGCCCCUCUACAACCUGUCCAGUUAUGUCCAGUUGGACAGAGUUUCUCCCCUCAACCUUCUUACCCUCUUCAUUCUCGACCAUCUACUCACGUCAAGAGACCCAGCAUUGCCUCCCCAGCCGAGCAGAAGAGGGAAGAAAACAUUGAUGUGGAUAAGAGAAGAGCAGAGAUUGCAGCAUCUUACCCCUCUGACAGAGAGCCCGGAGAAGGCAUCGACUCGGAACACAUCAAUGAAAUGAUCUCUUCUGACUCUGAGUGUUUACAAAGGGAAGGACACAGAAGAAACAGUAAUGAGGCAGAGAACAAAAGUAGAAAUGAGGAAAUAAUGAGCUCCACAUUGGAUCAAGUGCUUUCUAAUUCCUCUCACUCUGAUGCUAGUUUGAACACCAACACCUCUAAAGAUGGUGAUAAUCAGACUCCUUCUAACAAGGCUUUUGAAGACCUCAAAAGGGAGAAUGGCACACUGCGUUCAGAGCUGCGCGAUGCACAUGAAGAACUGCAGAAACGACUUGAGGACCUGGAAGUCCAACGACGGGCUGAGACAGAAGCCAGGACCCGGCUCAAACAACUCAGCCGCAAACGUGCCAGCCAGGCUGCAGAGAAAGAUGAGCAGGACAAAGAAUGGAAGAUGCAGCUGGAAAACGAGAGGGCCGAGUCAGAGCGGUUGAGAAGGGCCAUGGCUGCUAUGGAGACAGAGCUGACGAGAGAUAGGGAGGAGAGAGAGGAGCAGAAGGAGGAGAAAAACAAAGCACAAGAAGACCGGGAGAGUGAAAUGAUAGAACUUAAUAUCCAGUUAAAGAAACAGCUAGCGGAGGUGAAAGCCCAGCUGGCUUUAGAACAAGAAGAGAGAAAGAGAGAGGAAGAGGAAAGGAACCAAAAAACAAACAGAGACAUUGAUGUUAGGAAGGAGCUGAGCAUGAAACUGGAAGAACUUCAAGCUGAAUUGGAAGAACUGAAGCACAGAGAAGAAGAAGACUUACUGGAAGAGGAGAAACUCUUGGUUGCAAACAGCCCGUUGACGUACCUGACUCUCCAUGAUGAUGAGCUCAACUCCAACAUCCUUCACUGCGACAACAAGCUCCUCCCUUCGCCAGAGCAGCACCUCCUCUUCUGCCAGUCCACCAACCAACGUAACACACUUGUAACUCAGGCUGCAGCGGAUCUCAUCCAGAAAGAACAAUCUGUUAAAGAUCCUGAACGCUCACCCUUGUCAAAUGAGGGACAAACAGGCAGAGUAGUCUCUGACCUGGAAGACGACAGAGAAAACUGUCUGGGAGGGUCUUCACUGUCUGACCUCUCACUUUCUGAUGUCCAGAAGGUUGAGCAUGCCUCCUCAGAUUUGUCAAAAGAGUUAGAACGCCUGCAGAAGGACAAUAUGAAGGAGACAGAGCGUGCUAACCAGUACCAGGUUAAACUGGAGGCCCUGCAGAGCCAAGUGACACGUCAGACAAAGCAGCUGACCAUGGCCUUUGAGAAGCAGAGUCAGCACAUCUCUGGUCUUCUAGCUGAGCUUCAAGAGAAGGAGAGUGCCCUCUUCAGACAGGGAGAGGAACUGCAACACUACAAGGAAGAGCUGGGUGCACUCAAGGUUGAAAAAGAGGGAGAGGAGAAGAAAAGAAGAGAGGACAUGGCAGUCAAAGAGGUGGAGGAUAGAGGACAAAAAGAAGAGACACAAGAUAAGAAGUCGGUGGAGAUCUCAGGGCUUCAGUCAAACCAGGGAAAUAAGUGUGAUGUCGACGUCCCCACUACACACUCACUGGCAGACAGUGACAAACAGAGAGAUGCAGGACAACAAGAGAUUGUGACAUCUGAUGCUGAAAGACCAACAGCUAUAAGUGAUGAAUCAGACGGUGAAGCCCGUUGGUCAGGGGAACAGCAUCCAGUCUCUCAGGCCAAGACUAACCAGGACUCUGAUUCUGUGAUGAGUGAGACUGAGUGCAGUCAAGAUGGACAAACCGCAGAUGUGGUUGCAGAACUGUUCGCUCUCCGACAGGAGAAUCAGCUCCUGAAACAAAAAAUAGAGGGCUUGACCUUCUCUGACACCAGGACCGCAGCUUUACACACUGACAGUGAAAACCAAGGAGACCCAGUCAAGCAAAGCCAAAACACAGGAAAUGCUGCUCUGUCCUACGUGGUGGAACAGAGGUCGCCUACUGUGCCGAAUGACAUCACCUCUGACGCACAGCAGUCACUGCCUGAGGAUGUGAAGAGGACUGAAGAUGAACAAGGAGAUUUAGAAAGGGAGAAUGGAAGGACGGAGAGGGCUGAGGAGGAGCUGGAGGCAGAGCUUCAGAUCAACCACCUCCAGCAACAGGUGGAGGAGCUGCAGAUGAGGCUAAAGGCUCUCUCCACGGAGACCCGGCAGCAGAACGAGGAACUCAUUAUGUGGAGACUGGCCUCCCAACCAGCCCCAACAUUUGAACAGUUACUCCCCAACAUAGACAACCAGUCUGAGACCCAAGACAAGAUCUUUGCUGUCAGCAAGUCCCAGUCAGACCAGCAGCACACUGAUGAGACGACCCAGAUCCAGGCCCAGGUUCAGGAGAGCCCUGGUAAUGUGACAGCGGUCAGAGAAGAUGAGUUAUUCCUCUCCUGCUCCUCCAACAAGCUGCAGGGCCGCAUGUUGUUCUCCAGACUUCAGCACAGCAACCUUGUUGAACCAAAGAGUCACCAUUCAACUAAAAAAACUGCAUCACUUCAGGGAUACAAUCAGGACACUGCCAUGAUUGACAAGGAAUCUGAAAAAGAAAACCAGGAGAUCAACGUCUUGCAUCAGUUAAAUUCUGGUCAAACACAACACAAGGAGAAGAGAGACACUGGCGUUAUGCAACUGAUAACAUCUGAGAAAACAGGUCAACCGCAUGCCACCAAAGAUUCCCACAAGGUUUUAGCACCAAAGCACACCAAAUCAGCUGAUUGUUACACGGAGAGUCCUGAAGCCAAAACAGAUGCUUCCAGAGCAACCGAUGAAAUAAACACAACGGAAGAUUCUUCAGACAGAUAUGCCAGGACGGAGAUGAAAAAUGUCAGCAGUCAAACAGAGGAGAGUUUGUAUCCUCACAGAGCUCCAACAGUCUCUAAACUCAACUCCACUUACACACAGACUGAGGAGGAGGAAGAUGAAGGCGAGAUAGUGGAGUCCCCUCCGGUCUCUCCUGUUCCAAUAUCUGAUGCAGAAUCUGGAGUGUUGUUUUCGGGUUCCUUCCCAAUCCCGGCUGACCCUGCCAGUCUGGCUGAAAGAAUACGCCGUAACAGGAUGCAGCUGUCAGCCGCCUUUGACGACACAGAGUAUGAACCCUAUGGACUGCCGGAAGUCGUCAUGAAAGGUUUUGCCGACAUCCCCACCGGUCCCUCGUGUCCAUACAUUGUGAGAAGAGGUUUGUUAGGGACAACUGUCAUACCUGCCCCUCAGAAAGACACAAUGCAGGAGGAGGAGACGGAUUAAAACUCUACAGAUUUGGUGGAAAGAUCGGAUCACUGUGGCUCGCCAAUGAACCUUAGUGAUGGACGACAGCAGCUAUACAGCGACACUCCAGUCACCAGCAACCUGAAGCACUUCAGACCUUCAGAACAACACAGGACCAGUUUAAAAAGUGCUGCUAUCACGCAUGGACUUCUGUAUGUGUGUGCAGGUAACCACUGCACUCCACUGUGGAUCUAAAAUGUCUUAAAGAUCACAGGUCCUAUCCUCUGAGACUUUUCUGUCCAUCGCAAUGCUGUGACUUUCCACCCACCUGUAUUAUAUAGGUACAGAGGUAGUGAUUAAGUGAUGUUUUUUUAUGUUUAUUUAAAGUUUACAACCACUUUUUCCAAAGGGACUGUUUAGUUUUUAGUGUCUCAGCUGCACUAACUUGUGGGUCUAGCUUCAGCCUAUGUUGAAUGAAACAGUGCCUUGUUGAUGCUUUUCUAAACAAGUGCUUGUCAAGAUAAGUUUGAUUUGUUUUCCAAAGGGGUGAAGCCAAGUGAGGCCUGUUGUGAAAAUAUGAUUUAUAUUUUCCUUCUUUUUAAUCCUUGAGGUGGCUUAUUUAUAGACACUUGAAUGUGUUUUAGGCCGGUGUUUACAAAAAUUAUGUGAAAGCAUAGCGAGCAUGUGUGUGUGAGACGUUAGCUGUGAAUAUGGACAUGUGUGUCCUCAUCUUGACGUUACUGUUUGUAUAGUGUGUCUGUGUGUGUGUGUGUGUGUGUGUGGGAGUGAGAGGGGAGCACAUGUCUAUGACUCAGUCUAACCUGUGUUGGUUUCCGCUCCAUGUAUGGUGAUGCACACUGUGCUCCAUCUCUCCUCCUCCUGCCGCUUUGCUUCUCUUUCUUACACUAACAAGCACUCAGUGGUUGAAUUUACCAAAAACUAAUCAUUUGAAGCUUUAUUUUAUUAACAGAGCAGCCACAUAGAUUCAGUCAGCUUAUUAUAUUUGAUCAGAUAUAAUUUAUUUGAGUGAUGUGACUGUUUUUGAUAGAUUUGCACAUUUGUUGCUGUGCCAUAGACAACAGUAGCCACAUGUAUGUACACUGUAGAUUUUGAGUUGAUGUGCAGUUUGUAUUAUGCCCUAUAACAGAGGAACUUGACACUUAGCUUGCAUACUUGGUUUGACCAAUAAGUUAAAGGAUGAGUUAACAUUUUCUUCAAGUUUAUCUUAAAACUAUACUUGCAUGUGCACUGAAAGAGUUACUGGUCGUUGUGUCUCUCAUUCUGGCCAUAAAAAGAUUCUUUUUCUUAAAGGGAAACUUUGCUAUUUGUUUAACCUACUUUCCCACGAUUUUCUGUCAACAAUUUUUGAAAUUGGUCCAGUAUUAAGUGAGAGCGCAGCAGCUGCAAAACAGCCUGCAAUGUAAUCCCCCAGGCAAUUGAGCAUUGUCAGUGUACAUCAAUGACAUUGGAAUAUUUGUUUUAAAACAAAUAUUCUCUUCUCUUCUCUAGCUCGGUCACUAAUGGGACAAUCGGUGCAAAUACACCUUUCGAAUAAACCAUCGACCCUUGUCUGACAACUGUCUUCAUUUUUGGAACGAUCAAUACUCCAACGCAGGAGGUUGGAUAAAAGUGAAAUAUCAAACAAGGAUAAUGAACAGCUUGCCGAGUCCCAAAGAGGGAACUUAUAUCCACUCAAUUUGGAAGUUACCUUCUUUAUUUAUGAAGCUGAAAACUAAUUUGUUUCAGAAAUAAGAAUAAUUUCACUGAAGUAUGUUUGUCAGAGGUUGUCUUUGUGGCCUGUAUGGACAGGAGGAACAAUAAAGACAGCGUUGUUUUUCUUUCGCUAUUCACAUAUUGGUGUGUGAGUAUUUUUUAAAGACAGACUUGAAGAACUUAAAACCUUGUGGAGCAGGCUUUCAGUGACUUUUGAGAAUAUUUCACCUGCAGGUUUUUGACAUAUUUGUGUUAAAAGUGUGGAGUGAUUUAUUAUUAUUAUUAUUGUUAUUAUCGUUAUAUUAACGUUGUAUUUAGAGGUAAAGUUAGGUGGAGCAGUGUGGACUGUUACUGUCCUGACUUGAUGCCAUCAGCAUUCAUUUGCCAUGUUGACACACCCACACACACACACCCACACCCACACACACACCCACACACACCCACACGUCCCCUCCCUUUCAGCUGCCUUCAUAUCUUUGGGAUCUCCACUGAGGUGGAUUGUCGGACUCACUGUGUAUUUGUUGCCUUGUUUUGGACACUUUCAUGUGAAUGUAUCUGUGUUGUGUUUGCGGCUAGAAUAAAAGGCUUGCUCUUAAUUUAA